UUUUUUGCCUUGUAGGAAUAAUCUAUAUUGAUCUUUAGAUUAUUGAAAACAUAAUUGCAGAGUUUAUUAUAUUUUGAAACCGAAUUCAAAGCUUUAUGACUUCACAGUGUUAUCUAUGCUUUUGCAAAGAUUUCCAUAUCCUGCUUAUAUACAACCUUCAAGUGCAUUUCAUGGUGUAGGAGCAGUAUCAGUAUUCAUCGGCUUUGGUUUUUUAAUGUUUAUUCUUAUUCUUAUGAAUAGAGUUGUGGGAGAAAAAGCAAAAGGCUCAAAAGAACUUUUAAAGAUGAUGGGUAUGACAGAUAAUCUGUAUUGGACUAGUACGUUUCUAAAUUAUUUUGGACUUGCUGCUCUUGACCUCCUUAUAAUUAUAAUAAUUUAUAAAUGUCCACUAAAAAAAUCUCUAAUUUUUAUGGCACAUACAAAUGGCUUUCUGUUGCUAAUAUUAUUAUUGCUAUUUGGAGCCACUUUGGUAUUAUUCUGUUUGGCAUUUUCUACAUUCUUCAAUCGAGUUACCAUUGCGGUUAUUGCAAUACUUCUUGCAUAUGAAGUUCCGUUAGCUCUUCUGUCAUCAUAUUAUUUCUCACAUGACACAACAAAUUACUCAUUAAUGCCAAAGAUUUCAAAGCUGGGACUUUGUUUGCUUCCUCCUGGUGCACUGCUGACAAUGUUUUUAAUUAUAACAUUUUAUGAAUCAACUGGAGAGGGAGCACGUUGGAGUAACAUAACUGAAUAUGGUGCAGUUCAUGAUAUGAAUAUGCUAACAGUCAUAGAAAUGAUGGUUAUAUCUUGUUUUAUAUACACAGUUAUUAUUUGGUAUGUUGAUGCAGUGUGGCCAUGGCAGUUUGGAAUUCCAAAGCCACUUAACUUUCCAUUUACAAAAAACUAUUGGUGUAAUGGUAAGCCCAAAGAUACUGACGAGUUGGAAUUAGUUGAACGAGAGUUGAAUUCUGAAUUUUUUGAAGAUGAACCAAGUGGUGUGUCACCUGGUAUUGUGACAUGUAAUAUAUCUAAGGAAUUCAGAACAGGAUUUCAAAAAAAGUUAGUGGUGAAAAAUGUUUCCCUGGUUAUGUAUAGAGGUCAAAUCACUGCACUCUUAGGACAUAACGGAGCUGGAAAAACUACGUUUAUUAAUAUUCUUACUGGCCUUUGUACCCCUUCAAGUGGAUCAGCUUCCAUUAAUGGUUUUAAUAUUUUGACUCAGACUUCUAAAGCUCGCUCAAGUCUCGGUGUGUGCCCUCAGCACAAUAUAUUGUAUGAUGACCUUACAGUUGAAGAGCAUUUAAAAAUAUUUGCUGCGUUAAAAGGCAUCAGAUGGAGUGACAUUUCUGAUGAAAUAUCACAUGUUUUAAAUGUUUUAUACCUCACAGAAAAGCGGAAUGAAUUGGCAAAAACUCUUUCUGGUGGCAUGAAAAGAAAACUCUGUCUUGGAAUUGCUAUUAUUGGAGGUUCUAAAGUUUUAUUUUUGGAUGAACCAACUUCAGGAAUGGAUGUUGAAGCAAGGAGGAAUGUUUGGGAUGCUUUGCUUGAUUUGAGACAUGAUCGUACUAUUAUCUUGACAACGCAUUACAUGGAAGAAGCAGAUAUUUUAGGUGAUCGUGUUGCAAUAAUGGCUGAAGGAGAAAUUCAGUGCUGUGGUUCACCUAUGUUUUUGAAGAAAAAAUUUGGCACUGGUUAUCAUUUGCAUUUGGUGAAAAAUGAAAAUUUUGAUCUGAAUAAAGUAACUGAAUUGUUGGAAAAGCAUAAGCCACAAUCUGUCAUAGAAAUGAAUACUGAGAAUGAAGUUACUUUUAACCUUUCUACUGGUACUGAUUCAUCUUAUGGAAAUUUAUUUAAGGAUCUUGAAGAUCACAAAGUAGAAUUUGGUGUUGAUUCUUUUGGUGUCACAGUCACAACAAUGGAUGAUGUUUUCCUGAAUGUUGCAAAUAUUUCGGAUUUGAAACUCAAGUUACAAGCAAAUAAUAGCAUACAAAAUGAAACUGCAUUAGAAGUUGAAGAUCUAUACGAUGAAGCAAAGAAAGCACAGCCUUCUCCAAAAUUUGGUGUACAGCUCUUUGGUCUUCUGACAAAACGUUUUCAUUAUGCUAAAAGGAAUCUGCUCAUUUUGAUUUCUCAAAUACUUUUACCAUUUCUGAUUAUGAUGUUCUGCUUUUACAUAAUUUCUCUGGGCUCUGGUCAAACUGUUGAAUCCUUUCCAGCCUUGAAGUUAGAUAUUCAGAGUGUUUAUGGCCAAACAAUUGGGUUUUACCAAACAAAUGAAGACCAAAUUACUGCUGAACUAAAAAAUAUCUUUGAAGAAAAUUCUGUGUCUGCAAAAGAAAUUGAUGAUCCAAGUAAAUUUAUACUGGAAUAUAGUUCCACUGACUUCUCAGUAUACUCAAACAAACUUCUUGUAGGUGUAACUGUAGAAAAGCUUAAUAAUGGUACUUUUAUGUUAACAGCCUGGUACAAUGGAGAACCAUACCAUGUAGCCCCUAUGUCUCUUCUUCUUUUGCAUACUGCAUUGCUAAGAUUCAUUAUAGACUCUGGCUCCAUAACUUUAAUCAAUGCACCUCUACCGAGUGGCCAACAGUACAGCUAUGAUGAACUCAGAAUGCAUGAGCGUUUAAUGGCAAACAUUUUUGUUCCCUUAGCAUUAACCUAUAUAUCUGCUGCGUUUGUAUUUCUGCCCACACAUGAAAGAACAUCAAAGGCAAAAUUAUUACAACUUAUGACAGGAAUUUCAGCUCCACUCUACUGGGCAUCUAUGUUUUUGUGGGAUUUUCUUGUGCUUUUCGUUGCUUGUCUUGUACUCAUUAUCCCAUUUGCCAUGUUUACUCCUUAUGCAUUUUUCUUUUCUCAUUCAGAAGCAAUAGGAACAUCAAUUUUAAUGAUAUUAUUGUAUGGAUGGGCAUCUAUACCCUUCAGCUAUUUGUUUUCAUUUUUAUGUAAGAAGGGCACUACUGGAUAUUCAAUUCUAGAAGCAAUUGCUAUUUUAUCUGGAUCAUUUGCAGCUGCAGUAUUGAGCUCCAUUCAAUUACUUUCACAUGAUACUCCUACAGUUGAUCUUUUGAUCUGGAUCUUUCGUAUUUUACCACCUUUUUGUGUGUCAUCUGGUUUUUCUAAAUUAUUUGCUAUUGCUUAUAAUAAUGCAUUUUGUGAGAGUAUAUCAAAAAAUGAUUUGGACUUCAGUUGCAGUUCAGACUCUAUGACUGAGAAUAGUUCAUUGUUCAAAUGCUGUAAAGAUCUUUGUGGAAAGAACUGCUUGCAACAAACUGACCUCAUAACCUGGGAUGUACGUGCUUGUGGACGAGAUAUUUUGAUGUUAUAUGUAGAUGGUAUAGUGUUUUCCUUAAUUGUUUGCUUUUUAGAAACUGUUACUGCAAGAAAAUUCAUGGUUUAUAUUAAACAACAUCUGCCAAGAAGGAAAAAAAUAAUUCAGGACCAAGAAGCUCUUAGCAAUGUCCCUAAAGAUUCUGAUGUUAUAGCUGAAGAAGAACGCAUACGGAACAUGCAUUCUGAUGCUGCUGCUAAUGAAGCUUUAGUGGUUUCUGAUUUGACAAAAAUGUUCAAAGCAUUAUGUGCUGUUGAUCAUCUGACAUUCAGUAUUCACCAAGAAGAGUGUUUUGGACUCCUUGGAGUAAAUGGAGCAGGCAAAACAACAACUUUCAGAAUGCUUACAGGUGAUUGCAUUCCUAGUGAUGGCAAUGCUUUUGUUAAGGAAUAUUCUUUGAAGGAAAAUUUGGAAGAGUUUCAGUUUUUCAUUGGAUAUUGUCCUCAGUUUGAUGCCCUUAUUGAUCGCUUAACUGGCCGAGAAACGCUUGAGCUUUUUGCUUAUCUUAGAGGCUUAUCUGGACAGGAUAUUGUAGAGGCAGUUAAUAUGGUAAUCAAAUUGACAGAUCUUUCUGAACAUGCUGACAAGCAGACUCAAUUUUACAGUGGGGGAACUAAAAGGAAGCUGUCCAUUGGAAUUGCAUUAAUUGGGUCCCCUCCUUUAAUCUUUUUGGAUGAACCAACUGCUGGUGUUGACCCUGUCUCUAGAAGAAAAAUUUGGGCUGCUUUAUCACAGGUUAGAACUAAAACUGGAGCAGCAGUUAUUCUCACCACUCACAGCAUGGAGGAAUGCGAGGCAUUGUGUAGCCGACUUGCAAUCAUGGUCAAUGGUCGCUUUCAGUGUUUAGGUUCUAUACAGCAUUUAAAAUCAAAAUAUGGCAAAGGCUAUACGCUUGUUAUCAAAAUGAAAAAAGAAACUCUAGGUAAUCCACAAACUGUGACUGAGAUAAAAGCAUUUGUUGAAAGCAACUUGCAAAGUGCUGAACUGAAAGAUGAUCAUCAAGGUAUGCUGCAGUAUCAUAUUGUUGAUCCUACUCUAACUCUUAGCUAUCUGUUCAAUUUCAUGGAUGAUAUGAAACAUAGAUUCAAUCUGGAAGAUUAUUUGAUUAGUGACACAUCUCUUGAACAGAUAUUCUUGACAUUUGCUCGAGCACAAAGAUUAUUUGAGCAGUCUUCUGCUUAAUGUUAAUUAUUUAGCUUUUAAAUUUAUUCUUGCAUGGUAAUUAUUGUAAGUGUAUUUUAUUUAUAUUUAUAUUACAGAGACCAUUUGGUAAAGAUAUUAUAAGCUUGAAGUAAUUUAUAUAUAAGCUCCUGCUUUAUUUGGCAGGAUAAAGACUAUAAUGCUGUUGAAAACAGAAUACAUUGAAGUGUAUGAGUUUUUUUCAGCUUUAAAAUGCAGAUUCUAUUACCAAAAAUGUAAAUAACACAUUACACAUUGCAUGAGAAAGCAAAAUAUUGUCUCUUUCUCUCUAUAUAUGUAAUCAUUUCUGCUUUUACCAGGAUUUUUUUCCUGUGGUAGAAAUAAUGAUGAUGCAGAAUGAGCCUAAGUUAAUUGUCUACGCAGUGUAAAUGUCUCUGUCAAUUUUGCUGAUCACUGAAAAACAUGAAUAUAAACAGAUAAUAUUCUAUGUUUCAAACAGACCACUUAUCUCAACUUACUUCACUGAACAGAGAAGGAAAUAUUAAAGUUGUUAAGUAUUACUAUAUCUGCAUCUUUUAGACUUAAAUUCUGAUCUUCUACAUGUCCUGUCUCCCAUGUUUUGAGAAUGAUCUCUACAUGUGCAUGUGUAAGCUAGAAACAUUUUCUAUGAAUAUGAAAUAGUUUCAUAUUAAUUAUAAAGUACAAAUGUAAAAUAAAAUUUUUGUCAUUUUUGGAAAUAUUUAAUUUACAUUUUUUGUAAAUAGUAUAAAAAUUGCUUGAAAAUAGUAGUUUAAAUAUUUUAUAAGCU